CCAACAGUUGCCGCUCUUCUAUACCACGGGAAGAUAAUACGCUGAGAAAAAUGAUGGCCGCGCUAUCCCCUCCGACUCUUUCCUCUCUCCCGGACUCGCUUUUGCUCCAGAUUCUGGUUUGGCUGCCACCGCGUGACCGAGUGGGCGUGGCCAGAGUCUGCAAACGGUGGCAUCGUUUGGUGCGGGACAACUUCUUGUGGCGACACGUGGACCUCUCUUCCUGCAGGAUAUCCUCCAAGAUCUUAUGGCAUCUUCUACGGAACUAUUUCCAAGGCAACUUGCGGACUCUGAAGUUACGGGGAUCCCUCCACUCCUUUCGAAAACAAGAAAUACUUACCAGAGCACUGCUACAGGCUUUGGGCAAACAAUGUCCCAAACUCCACCAAAUCAGCUUGAUGGAGCUAGACCUCCGUUCAUUCCAGUAUGGCUGUAUGCCCUCCUCUCUUACCACCCUGGAGCUGAGAUGUUGUGAGAUCCCUUUUGUUUGGUUCCAAGUGCCAGAGACCCCCUGCACUUUCCCAAGAAUCCAACAACUUUUAAUCUGGAAUGUCCCAGCUUUUUCUAACCAGCACCUAUUGAAUAUCGCUACCCAGGGCACUCUCAAGACUCUUAUCCUUUCAGAAGUCUAUCGUAUAACAGAUGUGGGGAUCGAGGUAGCAGCACCACAUCUGAAAGACCUUCAGCACCUUGCCUUGUGCCAUUGUAGCAUUGGUGAUUCAGCCAUGCACUUCACUGGACGACACAUGAAGCAACUGCACCAUUUAGAUCUCAGGAGCAAUUCUUUGACAGAUGUAGGUCUUCUUUGCUUAAGUGGUUUGCCAAACUUAGAGAGUCUUUGUUUGAGAGACUGCAGUCAACUUUCUCCAGAAACCAUUUUAAUUGUUUGCCAGUCACUCUCUAGCCUGAAGCAUCUUGAUUUAAGCGGGAUAGACUUUGAAGACAAAAUAUUCCAAAAGAUCCAGUUGGGUUUGCCAAGCUGCACAGUGACAAACACCAUCCCUUGCACAGAUUCAAGUGCAAUAUCUUAGAAGAUAGCAAAUUUUCCCUAUGCAUGUUAUUCACAGGUCAAAAGAUGGCAGCAGUCACAUACAUCUCCUUAGCAGCUUUUUGUCCUUAUAGCAGGGGUAAAAUGCUACCGGUUUGCUCCAGUUCGAGAAAGUUUUAAAAAGCUACAAUCCAACUAUCAGCUAAGGUGCAUGGUUUAGUUUUGCUAGAAAGCAGAAAAUCCUGCAUGCACAGCACGUGCCAAAAGGAGGCUUGGGAAGGUAAGUAGAACAGCGGGGGGGGGGGGGGGGCGGGAUCAGUUGUGCUGCGUGAUUUAGCUUCACUAGAAAGCAGGAUUUCCUGCUUUCUAGCAAAACUAAACCACGCGACACAGCUGAUCGUCGGAUCGUAGCUUUUUUUAACUACCAGUUUGACCGAACCGGUGGUUUUUUAAAUGUGCAGCACGCAUUUGGUGCACACUGCGCAUGUGCACACCACGCAUUUGGUGUGUAUGCACGACCAGCGAACCGGUAGCAAACGGUUCAGAUUUCACCACUGCCUUACAGCCCAAAUGUUUAUAGCAGGCUAAAAAUGGAAUAGGUCAGACCAAAAACAAGUAACACAUUUCAAAGGCCAUUAGUUUAACUGUUGUGCAAAUUAUAUGGCCAGUGUUUGUACUGCAGAUGUCCUGUGAUGUUGACAUAACUCAAGCAUAAAGAAUCCACUGUCUUCCAAAUUUUUGAUAGACCUUUCAACUUCUACAGUUCCAGCAAAUAUAGUCAGCUAUGAACGUUGAUGGAAAAAGUAUCCAAGAAUACCAGGAGACUGCCAGGUUCUAAAGUGCGACAUUAAAAAGUGACUGGAGAGAUUAAAAAUUAAAAUAAUUUAUGUACUGCAGGCAUAAAAUGUUAUUAGACAUACUGUGCCAUUUUAAAAGCACUUCACAAAUUUCUGGACAUCUAAUCUAGGACAUAGUCUCUGUUCUGAUUGAGUCCAUUCCUCUUCCUGAAUAAAUCAAGAGUUGAUAUCUUUUUAACAAGCACAAAGGUUACAUUUACAAAAGUGCAUCAUUUUCAAGGCUGACCACAUUUUAUUAUUUUUAAACACCAACUUAUUUGCUUGAAAUCUGGCACAAGAAGUUUGGCUUUUUAAAAAUAUAUUAUCUGAAGUUUGUAUUCCACAUUAUUUUUUUCCAUGAACUCUGAAACUGAUUAACUUUCAGACCAGACUUAAGUUAUGGAUAUUCCAUUAAAUACUCCAUUAAAAAGCCUACUACCUGGUGUCUCAAAUGCAUACAGAAGCUUUGGGAGAGGCCUACACAGCCCAUUUCAAAAGUUGGUCUGUGUGGUUAGGUUUAAAGUGACAGAAUUGGAAAGCUAUUAAAUUCUUAGGGAAUAAUAUCAUGGUAUUGAACUACCUUUAAAUUUAGAUUUAAUUUCUGUUCUGGUUCCUUGGUUCCAAUAUUUUUUGGAAUGCUGCCUGGGCAUUCUACCCAAAAGCCAAAUGUGAUCCUCAGAUUGAAGGGAAAAAAUCAUCCUUGCACUAUUUGACCUGAAAUUAGAGGGAGCCAUCGUUUUAUAUUAUCCAUAUUUGUCAUAUUACCCAUGGAAUACCUUUUCCUUUCGCAUCUUACAUCUUCUCUACUCCCAACCACCUUUGCAGCAUUGUAGUAUUGAUCCAGCUUCCCCAUGUCGCCUUCUUGGUUUUCUUUAGCAUUACUACCAGCAAAGAAUAGAAAUGCCUUUGGCUGUUAUGGACAAUGCCUGGAACGCAUUGAACCAUUCAUAGGGAUACUACCAAGACUUUGAUUUUGCAUUCCCUUCAUCCCAUUAAAAUGUAUGAGUUGCUAUAAUCUUUUCCAACAAUUUCAUGAGCAGCUGAUGCUAUACUGCCCUGUCCUUGUAGCUGAUGAUGGGAACCUCAAGUAUGGUACGAUCUUCUUUCCACUUAAUUUUUGCACACAUUAAACUCUGCCUGUAUAAGCUUGUUGAACAGAAUGAUCUUCCUUCACAUUAAUUGUAUCAUGCUAUUAUAUUUGCCCUGUCUUUACCUUUUUCCAUAUAUUCUUUUUUUUCACUACUGAUUGUUGCGUACUAUGUCACUAUGGUGACUUAAAGAAAAUUAAAUCCUUCCAACUGAACUAGACUCCUGGAGAGUUAAUGAGCAUGUUCAUAUAGGUUGUUGGUUUUACUUUUUGAAAACAAUAUGGAAUUAGUUAUGUCAGUGCCUUCUGGUAUGUUUUCUCUGUUAACCAACCUAGCCUAUAGUCCUGGCUUUUCCUGGUAGUUUCCCAAUCUUAAUCAGGGGUGAGUCUAUUUAGCUUUGGCGCUGCCACCUAGCUGAGCCUCAAUCCUACUUUCUCAUAAAAAGUUACUGACCCCUUCUGGUCACAUUUGUCACAAUAAUCUGCUCAGCUGUAUUCACCUGUAGCUUAAUAAAAUACAUUUUGUAAAAAGAAA